AUGGGUUUCCUUUCCAAGUUUAAGAAGGACGAGCCUUCGUCAGUCGAGCAUCCAGUCGAGGAUUCAACUGCAAUCAGUACUGCAGCACCCAAUGAUCCGGAAAAGGCAGAAGUCAUAACUAUGGAGAAUGGAAACCAAACCCCCCUUCCUCUUCCCACAAGCCCUCCACACAUCGACCCAGCGCUUGAAAAGAGAGUUGUGCGAAAGUUGGAUAAAAGACUAGUCUCCCUCGCCUUCGUCCUCUGUACUUACAAUCUCAACUCCAAGCUUAGAAACUGCCUACUUACCAAGACUCCAGAUCUCCUAGCCUACCUCGACAGAUCAAACAUUGGCAACGCCAAGAUCGCCGGUCUAGACACCGACCUCCACCUCACGUCCCCCCAAUAUCAAUGGCUCCUAACAAUCUUCUACAUCUCCUACAUCCUCUUCGAAUGGUUCGCGCUAAUGUGGAAGCUCAUCCCCCCGCACAUCUGGGCCACCUUCUGCGUGCUAGGCUGGGGCCUAACCGCAACCCUCCAAAGCGCAACAACAUCCUUCUCGGGCCUCAUGGCCGCCCGUUUCUUCCUUGGCUUCUUCGAAGCCGGCUACGGCCCCGGAAUCCCCUACUUGCUCUCCUUCUUCUACCUGCGCCAUGAACUCGGAUUCCGCAGCGGUAUCUUCCUAAGCGCUGCCCCGCUAGCGACAUGCUUCGCGGGCGCCCUGGCAUACGGCAUUACGAGUGAUGAUUCCCCGCGUAUUGCGAACUGGCGACUCCUGUUCCUGGUCGAAGGACUGCCGAGUAUCGUGGCUGGCGUCGCGACGUUUUUCCUCAUGCCCGAUAGUCCGGAAAAGGCAUCCUUCCUCUCCGAAGAGGAGAAGGAAGUCACGCGCGCCCGAGCGCUGCGGCAAGUUGGGUCGGGGGAAGCCCAUCGAGUAGGGCAUGUAGAUUUCAAGGACAUCGGCGCCGCGCUGUUAGAUCUAAAAAACUACCUAACAGCACUAAUGUACUUCUCCCUCAACGUCUCCUUCUCCUCCCUCCCCGUCUUCCUCCCCACCAUCCUAACCAGCAUGGGCUUCAAGGCCCUGCACGCGCAAGCCCUCUCCGCACCCCCCUACUUCCUCUCCUUCCUCCUCGUCCUCGCCACAACCCACCUAGCAGACCGCACGCAGCAGCGCGGCCUCACGAUCCUCGCCCUGUCCCUCCUCGGCGCAACCGGCUACAUCAUCCUCGCAACGACCACCGCCACAGCCCCCCGCUACGCAGGCGUCUACCUAGCAGCCGCCGGCGUGUUCCCCGCCAUCGGCAAUAUCCUGCCCUGGGUGCUGAAUAACCAGGGCAGUGAUACGAAGCGCGGCGCGGGUAUUGCGAUGCUGAAUCUGAUAGGUCAGUGUGGACCGCUGCUUGGCACGAGGGUUUUCCCGGCGAAAGACGCCCCGUAUUAUCGGAUGGGCAUGUGGGUCUGUGCGGGGUUUAUGCUGUUCAAUGCGUUUUUGGCGUGCGCGUUGAGGGCCUUGUUGAGCUGGGAGAAUGGUGUGCUGGAUCGGAAGUAUGGGAGGGUAGAGAGGAUGGGUGGGGAUGGGAAGACGGGUGGUGGAAGUGCGGAGGGAGGGGAGGGAGCAGGGUAUGAGAAUGAUGGCCCGAGAUUCAGUCUCAAUCGUCUCAAAAUCUCUGCCUCUUCUGUGACAUUUUCUCUACUAUACCCGUCAAAGGAGCAUAAAGCCUUGUCCAUUAUUGCAUGA